AUGCUCCUCUAUCAAAAAUAGCACUUUUUUCAAAAGAUUCAUAAUAAUUAAUUUCUAAUUUUUAAUAUUCAUUAAUAGGAAGCAUCCUAGAAAAAUCUAAGGUUGCUUGUUUAUUAUAUAUAGAAUAAAUUUUUUAAUACGAGGACAAAAUAUUUUAUGAUCAGGGUUUAUUAAUUCACCUAAUGGUACUUACAAUUGUUUAUUUCUUUCAAUUAUCUUUAAUUAUCUUUUAUAUUCUUCAAUAGAAACUAUAUUUGGGAUAAAUGUUUAGAUUUAAUUUUAAUUUAUAUCAGCAAAAAUAUAAAAGCUAUCUUUUUCAGGCUCAACUUUUGUAUGUUAUAAAAUUUGACAUUUCAUUUAAUAUUCAAAAUCAUUAUUUUUAAAUAUUUUUUCAUGUUUUACUUUAAGUAAUUCAUUUAUAUCUUAAGAACGUAUUUUUUGUUCAGAUAGCUAAUUUUCUAAUCCUUACCUUUUUUCUUUUUGCAUUUAUUAUUCUUCUUUGUUUAGUCUUUAAAGUAUUACAGAUGCUGGUAAAAAUGA